UGCUGGAGUGUUUCGUUGGGUUGGGGGGGCAAAGACUCCAGAGAGAGACACCCACCGAAACCGAAUUCGAAAUCCUUUCCUUCCUGGUGACAGCUUGGUGUGGUGGCGGGAUAAUACGUAUUGCGGAUCCACUUCGUACCGCUGCCGACGGGAUCGUUGGUCUGGACUGGACGUGACGUGCCCUGCUGACCUUCUGCUCCUUACCUCUCUUUAGCUCAUUCCACCUCUGCUACUGCAGCACGAGCCGGUGCCCUGGAGAAGCCGCAGAAAUAGCUACGCGGUAGAAGCUUACUGCCUUAGUACGCUUUUCGCCGGAAUACCAGGCCCGAGUGACAGAGCCAAGAGAUCGUGUAGGAAUCCUAAGGAGGGAGAGAUAGGCAGUGAGGAGGGGAGCAGAAGCUGAAGGAGGAGGAGGAGGAGGAAACACAUACAUGGCCGAGCCAAGACGGCCUUCCCCUCACGGGGGGCUUGCAUGGCUGCUGCUCGUGCUGUGCGCCACGGUCGCCGCCAACAUCCUUCUCUCGCACGCAGCCACGACCGACCAGGAAGUGGCGGCGCUGAACAAGAUGAAGGACACGCUGGGCCCCGCGAACCUGUUCGUGGGGUGGGUGGGCGACCCGUGCGACGGCAUGUGGAUCGGCGUCAUCUGCGACAUCAGCUCACCGCAACACGUCAUCGGCAUCAACUUUCAGUCGCUCAACGUGGACGGCACGCUCGCCGAUGACGUCAGCCGCCUCACGUCGCUUCAGAUCCUCAACGUGGCGGCCAACAAGUUCACGGGCAAGCUGCCCAAGGCCAUCAGCACGCUCUCCAACCUGCAGCACCUCGAUGUGAGCGGCAACACCUUCGACGGCAAGCUGCCGGACGCUUUCAGCCAGCUCUCCGCCCUCACACACCUCGACACGAGUCAGAACGCCUUCGUGAGCGAGCUGCCCGCGUCUCUCAGCGCGCUCUCCAACGUGCAGUACAUCAACCUGGCCAACAACAAGAUCUCAGGGUCACUGCCGGACAACCUCGCAGGACUCUCCUCCCUCACCUACCUCUCCGUGGCGGACAACAGCAUGACGGGCACGCUGCCGGCGUCGCUGGGGUCGCUGCCGAAGCUGUCGAAGCUGGACCUUUCCAACAAUGCCUUCACGGGGCCCGUGCCCACCACCUACAAAACCAUCACCGACCUCGUCACUACUGGCACGAGCGUGGACGGCGCAGCAGCAGGUGCGCCAGCGCCCGCGUCAACAGGGGCAGUCGACUCCCUGCCCGCUCCCGCCCCUGCUCCCGUCGCCAAUGCAACCGCCCCCGCCCCCGCUCCCGCAUCCAUUCCCGCGCCUUCCCCCGCCCCCCCGUCCCUCCCCGCGCCUCCUCCCGCCCCCCCGUCCGUCCUCGCACCAGCCCCCGCUUCCAUCCCCGCAAUAGCCUCCGCCCCCGCGCCCGCAUCCCUUCUUGCGCCCGCCUCCGCCUCCGCCUCCGCCUCAGCGCCUUCCCCCCUAUACGGAUCCCCCGUCCCCGCCCCUUCCCCCUUGAUGGGCUCCCCCGUUCCCGCGCCUUCCUCCUCCCCCUCCGCCGCUCCCCCGUCCACAAGCGCGCCUGCCCCCACACCCUCCACACUCCCCCCUCUUGUCCGUCCGCCAAAACCGCUUAAGUCCCCUCCGCCGCCCAAGUCUCCCCCCCCUCCGCCUCCCCCGUCCCCUCCGCCUCCUUCCCCUUCCCCGCCUCCCCCCGUGGUUUCUCCCCCCCCGCCUCCGCCUGCGCCUGCUGCGAGCUGUGGGGGAUGCGGGGAGGGGCAGGUGGGGUGGGCGGAGGCUAGUGAUGGGACGGGGCAGUGCGCGUGCGUGUACCCGUUAUUGUUCACGCUGCGACUGGGGAUGAACUAUAACGCGUUCAGCCAGGAGAAACAGCUGUCCCUGGAGGAGCAGCUAGCGUCAGGCUUCUCGGUCCAGCCGGGGCAGGUGCGCACGCAGCAGACUCGCCCGGGCAGCGUGAUAGCGGACCUGGCAGUGGGGCCAGAGGUGCCCACGACCAUGCUGGACCAGCCGACCGUGGACCGGAUUACGGGGAUCCUGUACGGCACCAACGGGAGUAUCAGCCUGAGCGGGUUUGGGAGUGUGACGGUGGAGCAGCUAGUGCCGCCGAAUCAGAUCGCCCGCCCGGAUGAUGGCUCUGUGCCCGCCCCCCCAUCCUCCGGGCAGCAGCCAUCCCCUCCUGUGGCUUCAGCCCCAGCGCCCUCCUCCUCCUCCUCGUCAGGCGGGUGGUCCAUGGCGGCUAUUAUCGGCGUGGCCGUGGCGGGUUUUGUGGUCGCGGUGCUGCUGCUGGUCGCGCUGGUGAUCCUCUGCAUGCGCUGCCGCCCCAGCCGCAAGGACGCCUUCCAAGACGACCUCGCUGAUGACGCCGCCCGCCCAGCCUUCCAAUCAUGGGCGAACGGGUCAUCAGCCAAGGCAAACGGCGGCGCAUCCUCCCGCAAAUCCCAAGGCGUGCCAGCAGUCACCCUGGCCGAACUCCAGAUGGCUACAGACGACUUCGCCCCGGACCGCCGGCUUGGUACCGACCCUCUGGGAACGACGUUCGUGGGCACCAUGCCUGACGGGGUGGAAGUGGCCGUGAAGAAGAUCGAGGCGUCGGUAGUGGAGGGGCAGUCGGACGAGGACUUUGUAGCGGUGGCAGCGAAUAUGGCUCGGUUGAGGCACGCGCAUGUGGUGCAGCUGCAGGGGUAUUGUGUGGACUAUGGGGAGCGGAUCCUGGUGUUCCAGCACUGUGCUGGGGGGAGUCUGUAUGACCACCUGCACAGGAAUGACGAUGACAGCUCGCAGCUGCUGUCGUGGGACGACCGCGUGGAGAUCGCGCUCGAUGCCGCUGAGGCGCUCGUGUACCUGCACGAGGAGUGCAUGCCGCCCAUUGUGCACCGCAGCAUCUCGUCGCGCAACGUGCUGCUCGACUCGUCGCUGCGCGCCCGCGUGGCAGGGGCAGGGCUCUCCUUCCUCAACCCCGUCGGCACGGACGAGAAGUCGCUGUCGGACCAGCUGGUGGGCGGCUUUGCGUACAACGCGCCCGAGUAUGCGAUGUCGGGGAUCUACACGGCCAAGAGCGACGUCUACAGCUUUGGCGUCGUGCUGCUUGAGCUCCUCACAGGCCGAAAGCCCGUCGACCCCUCGAAGCCCAAGUCGGAGUCGUCGCUGGUGCGGUGGGCAGCGCCGCUGCUGCACGAUGUGACGGAGCUGGAGGCGAUGCUGGACCAGCACAUCUCGGGCCCGCUGCCGGACGUCUCCAAGCUCACUAAGUUUGCAGAAGUCAUCACCCGCUGCAUCCAGCCUGAGCCGGAGUUCCGGCCAUUGAUGUCCAAGGUUGUGAACGAUCUAAACAAGAUCAGGGGGGCUCGUAGAGAUGAUGCCUCAGAUGCAUACUGAUUAGUGACUGGCCUGUAACUGGAUUGGAACAGCGAGGAGCAUUGUCAUCCUGCUAAUGCCUGCAUGGAUGAGUUCCUGCUAGCAGUACCAUGUUCGAGCGCUAUGCCUCCUAUGUUUGAUGUUUGAGUUGGCAGUAGGACUUGAUUUAGAUGGAGUGACGUAGGUGAGACAUUGGAUCCAACAUGGUGAAUUUAUCGCCAAGGAAGGGAUAAGGAUGCUGGCAUUGCCUUUUGUGGGUAUGCUUCCAUGUUCCAUGGUUCCUCAUUCAAUAUAGGGGAAAUAAAUUG